UUCUCGAGAGAGUUCCUCUGAAGCUGGCGCCGCCAUUUUGAAGAAGGGAGAGGCCACAUUCAGCUUAUGUCGUUCUUCAGGUUUUUUAUUUUUAAAAAAGGGACGCGGAGGCCUCAGUGAGUCCUUCAGACCUACGCGGCCUUUUAACCGUGUUUCCGGGCUCCCCAAAAAUAAAGGUGCUGGCAGAGAGGCGGCGGGGACAGCAACGAGAGGAUGGUGCAGUCCUGUUCUGCCUACCGUUGCCGGAAUCGGUACGACAAAGAGAAGCCCAUCUCUUUCCACAAGUUUCCUCUGACAAGGCCUGAUCUGUGCUGGAAAUGGGAAGCUGCUGUUAGAAGGAAAAAUUUCAAACCAACAAAGUAUAGCAGCAUUUGUUCGGAACACUUUACUCCAGAUUGCUUCAAAAGGGAAUGCAACAACAAGCUACUAAAAGACAAUGCUGUACCAACAAUAUUUUGCCACACAGAACCAUGUGUGAAGUCUGAAGACACUCAAGCACCACUUGAAGUACCAACUCCCCCUUCUCCAUCACCACCACCACUGGUGCCACAAACUGAUCCAAGACUAGUAGAUCCAAGCAUUGGAUUAUUAAUGCCACCCCUUCACACCCCCAAUAAUAUUGCUGUUUUUUGUGAUCACAACUAUACUGUAGAAGAUACAGUGCAUCAGAGAAAAAGGAUUCAGCAGCUGGAAGAGCAAGUGGACAAACUGAGGAAGAAGCUUAAGACUGCUCAGCAGCGAUGUAGGCGUCAGGAGAAACAGAUUGAAAAACUACGAGAGCUUGUUCAGUUCCAGAAGGAAAAAGAUGUGUUGUCGGGGAAAGGUGGCUAUGUGAUUCUGCCUAAUGACUAUUUUGAAAUUGUAGAAGUACCUGCCUAGGAGGCUAACAUUUAUAUUUAUGGGGCACUGCCAAAUUUAGCCUCAUCAGACUAACUCAAAAGUCCAGUUUAAAAAUGCAAUGCUUUCUAGUUCUGUGUACAAGAUACUUCAGCUCUUCAGAAUAGUAAUAAAAUUGCUAUAUAGUAA